GGACCGGCAAGAUGGCGGCGGACACGCAGGUUUCAGACACGCUGAAGAAAUUUGCUUCAAACGUGACUACAGCAAGUGUGAAAGAGCGGAAGGAGAUCUUCAGAGAGCUGAGACAGUGUAUUAAGGACAAAGAGUUACCGGAGCCUGCCGUCAAAGGACUAUGCAAGCUCUUCUGUUUCACUCCACACAGAUAUCGGGAUGCUGCAUCACGUAGAGAGCUCCUCUUAGUCAUCGCCCAGCUGGCAGAGAGUCAGCCCAACAUCCUGGUCACGAGCCUCCUUCACUGCAUACUUAACAGUGGAGUUAUCAGCAAGAAUGGAGAGCCCAGUAAAAGUACGGGCUCUGCUGCCUUUGUCUGCCUGUCCUGGACCUGCCUCCUGGUCCCCAGUGUUUUUUCUGCCCCAGAGAAAAGAGAGGGACCCAUCUGGAAGAAAAUGGUGGAGGUUCAGAGCCUUCUCGUGGCUGAAGUGCUGGGUGGAGCCAAGAGCAUGGCUCAGAAAUCAAGCCUCAAAAGUCUCAGUCACCUGUGGGUGGAGAGCUCUGGACUGGUCGAUGAAUACAUCAGCACACUAUUGAGUUUGGACCAGAGCCCCACCACUCUGGCCAUGCUGGGGGUGUGUGUAGACUUUUGCACCACCCAGAAAGACAAAGCUACAAUAGAAAAGCACAAGAGCGCCCUGUUGGACUUAUACAUAAAAUCAGUCCUUAUGAGCAAAACCAAACCACGACCGCACGUUUUGGACAAAAGUGGCGCUGUGCUGCGUCACGUGUCCCACUCAGAGUUCAAGGAGCAGCUUCUCCCGACACUGCAGAAGACAAUGCUGCGCAGUCCGGAGAACGCCAUGCAGACUGUUUCCUGUCUCCUGUCUGCUGUGACUCUGGACCUCAGUCAGUAUGCCAUGGAUAUUGGAAAAGCCAUUGCGAGUCAGCUGAAAGCGAAUAAUGCUCAACUGAUGGAGGAGGCGGUCCAGGCCAUGCACAACCUGGCACAGCAGUGCAGUGACUCCUCCGCCAUCCAGGACAUCGUCACACACCUCUUCAAGAUCCUCGGAGGGUCUGAGGGAAAGCUCACAGUCGUUGCCCAGAAGAUGAGUGUGUUGUCAGGGAUUGCAAGCUGCAGCAACCAUGCUGUGUCAGGAACCUCCAGCCAGACUCUCAGCUCUGCAGUCACUGUCAUGUUCAUCCCUUAUUUACAACAAGAAGUCCAUGAGGGCACCCUGGUGCACGCCGUGUCUGUGCUGGCCCAGUGGAGCAGCCGUCUCACAGUGGAAGUCCCAACUGCUCUGAUGGAUUGGUUAAAGAAGGCUUUCACCCUGAAGACCUCCACCUCGCUGGUUCGACACGCCUACCUUCAGGCAAUGAUUGGGGCCUUCAGAGGCGACACUCUGGCUCAAGCCUCAGACUUCACUCCUUUGCUCCUCCAAAUAGUGGAGAAGGCAGUUGCACAAAACUCCCAGCAUGCUCUACUCGCAGAGGGAGUGUCGGCCUCUGUGCUUUUGAGUCGCCUGGCACAGCUGGAGUCACAGUCAGAGGCAAAGUUUUCAAGCUUUUGGAACAUGAUCUUGGACGAGAAGAAGCCGCUGUUCACCACAGAGAAGUUCCUCUCCCAGGCCAACGAGGAGGCUCUGCUAACAGUGCUGCAGCUCUGUGAAAGGCUAUUCCUGGACCACGCUCACAGGCUCAACACCAACAAAUCCCAGAUGUAUCAUCAAGCCACUGUUGGGGUUCUGCUGUCCCGAAGCUGGCGCGUGAGGAAGCGGGCACAGCAGACCAUCAGGAAGCUUCUCUCCUCUCUCGGUGGUUCAGGUCUUGCCCUUGGCCUUCUGGCAGAGCUGCGUGAGGUCAUCAACAAACACAAGAUUUUGCCCCAAGAUGCCGUAGCAUCAGAUUCAGGAGAGCUGACUGAGCUGGGUCGCAGCUAUGUUCCGCCUCGUGUGUUGCUGGAUGCUAUGUGUGUAGUUUGCAGCUCUGCCAGCCAAUGGAGCGAUCCCACCGAAGCCGAGAAUUUGGCUAUGGAGAUCCUGAUAGUCACUCAUCAUCCAUCUUUAGUUGAAGCUCGUCGUGGUCUCUGGCCUAUCCUGCUCCACUCCAUGAACAUAAAAGCUGAUGAGUUCAUCGAAAAGAAUCUGGAGGCUAUUAUGCCACACCUACUGGAGGUCAAUGCUGAGAACCAGGCCGUGAAAAAUGCAGUGGGUGCCCUCUGCAGCCUCUCCCCAGACAAGCUGUUGCCUCGGGUCAUCAGUCAUGUGACUGAGGGGCUUUCAAAACCCGCUCUACUUCAGGUCACCAGGGAGGAGUACGCCAUCAUGCUCACACCUGAGGGAAAACUAUUUGAUGACAGCAUCAUCCAAAGUGCUCAGAAGGAAAGCACCAAGAAAGCCAACAUGAAGAGAGAGAACAAGGCCUACUCUUACAAGGAACAGAUCAUUGAACUGGAGUUACAAGAGGAGAUAAAGAAGAAAAAAGGCAUCAAAGAGGAGUUGCAGCUAACGAGCAAGCAGAAGGAAAUGAUGCAAAACCAGCUGGAAAAAGAGGCUGCUAUCCGGAAGAGUCUUACAGAGCUGGAUGUGGAGCUGCAGAGUUUGGUGGGUCUGCUGGAAGCCAUCCUAACAGAGGGACCACCUCAGAUCACCAGAGAACUCCCCCCUGUCCUGCAAGUCCUAAUCCCUCUGCUACAAUCCCCCCUGGCUGCUCCACGCAUCCAGCAAAUCUUCCUAGACAUCGGGGUGUGCCUCAUGCCUAAACACCUCCAUUCUUUAGCCGUGCUCGUGGGACAUGUGACGUUACGCCUGCUGAAGCCAGAGUGUGAGCUGGAUGAGGCGUGGGAACAGGAGGACCUGGACACAGCAGCCAAUCGCACAGUACUAUUACUGCACAACCACACUGUACCACAAAGAGAUGCCAAAACUGUUGAUUGGGCCUGUCUGUCCGCCCCUGCCUUCUCCUUCUGCUUCCCUCUCCUCAACGUGAUGCUCAGGGACUCUUCGGGCAGCACUGAGGAGACAGAGAACCUGAUGGCCAAAGCCUUACAAGUCAUCACUGAACACUCCCAGCUCCGGGCCGCGGACAGUGAGGACUUUGCUAUCGACGAGAACGGUCCAGAGCUUCUCCCUCGUGUCAGCAUGCUGCUGCUGCUGACCAGAAUCAUCUCUACAUACACCCCGAGACUUCAGGUGUUGGCCGCUCAGUGCCUGACCACUCUGUGUGCCAGUGCUGGAGGAGGAGUGGGCUGCACGGUGGCAGAGCAGUCUGAGAUCGACGUCCUGCUGAGCGCCCUGCUGUCACCCUGCUUCUCUGUCAGAGAUGCUGCCCUCAGGGGAUUGUUGGAGAUGGAGUUCGCCCUCUCCACAGACAGUUCAGAGGCCAGUGGUCUCAGUUUGCUGCGCAGGCUUUGGGUUUCCAGGUUUGAUGUUGAGUUGGAGGGCCGAGCCUUGUCUGAACAACUCUGGGAGUCUCUGGAUCUGCAGCUGGUACCUGAGAUCUGCCCACUGCUGAUCGGAGACGUCACCCACCAUGAAGAAGCUGUCCGCUCUGCAGUUGCCGAAGCUCUGUCCAGCGCUGUUUCCCAGUACAGAGACCAGUCUGCAACAGUGCUUGGCCAGCUUACUGAGCUCUACCAUGAGAAACUCUAUAGACCCCCUCCUGUGCUGGACGCCCUGGGCAGAGUCAUCUCUGAAUCACCGCCUGAUCAGUGGGAGGCCAGGUGUGGAAUCGCUCUGGCCCUGAACAAGCUGUCCCAGUACCUGGAUGAAUCUCAGGUCACUCCUCUCUUCCUCUUCUUUGUUCCUGACGCACUGAACGACCGCCACACUGAGGUGCGGCGCUGCAUGCUCGACGCUGCCCUCUCUUCUCUCAACACUCACGGAAAGGACAACGUGAGCUGCCUGCUUCCAGUUUUCGAGGAGUUCCUUAAAAACGCACCUCAAGACGCCAGCUACGACUCUGUCCGCCAGAGUGUGGUUAUUCUCAUGGGAUCAUUGGCCAAACAUCUGGACAAGAAUGACCCCAAGGUCAAACCCAUUGUGGCCAAGCUCAUCACUGCGCUCUCUACACCUUCACAGCAGGUACAAGAAUCUGUUGCCAGCUGUUUGCCUCCUCUAGUCCCUGCGAUCAAGGAAGAUGCUGCAGGUAUUGUGAGGAACCUGCUGCAGCUGCUGCUGGAAAGUGACAAGUACGCAGAGCGGAAGGGAGCAGCGUACGGACUGGCUGGCCUGGUCAAAGGCCUCGGGAUCCUGGCACUGAAGCAGCAGGAAAUUAUGACCACACUGACCGACGCGAUCCAGGACAAGAAGAACUUCAGACGGAGAGAAGGAGCCCUGUUUGCUUUUGAGAUGCUUUGCAACAUGUUGGGAAAGCUGUUUGAGCCGUACGUGGUUCAUGUGCUGCCACACCUCCUGCUCUGCUUUGGAGACGGGAACCAGUACGUCAGAGAGGCUGCAGAUGAUUGUGCCAAGGCUGUGAUGAGGAACCUCAGUGCCCAUGGAGUGAAGCUCGUCCUUCCCUCCUUGCUGGUAGCCCUGGAGGAGGAGUCAUGGAGAACCAAAGCAGGCUCUGUGGAGUUGCUUGGUGCCAUGGCUUUCUGCGCUCCCAAGCAGCUGUCCUCCUGCCUGCCCAGCAUUGUACCAAAGUUAACCGAGGUGCUGACGGACUCCCACGUGAAGGUGCAGAAAGCCGGCCAGCAGGCCCUCCGACUGAUCGGCUCAGUAAUCCGCAACCCUGAGAUCCUGGCGAUUACCCCCAUCCUGCUGGACGCUCUCACUGAUCCCUCCAGGAGGACUCAGACGUGUCUGCAGACCCUGCUGGACACAAAGUUUGUCCACUUCAUCGAUGCCCCCUCUCUGGCCCUCAUCAUGCCCAUCGUCCAGAGAGCCUUCCAGGAUCGUUCCACUGACACUCGCAAGAUGGCUGCACAGAUCAUCGGCAACAUGUACUCCCUGACCGACCAGAAGGAUCUGUCCCCCUACCUGCCCAGUGUUAUUCCAGGACUUAAGACCUCUCUGUUGGACCCGGUGCCUGAGGUUCGUACAGUUUCAGCCAAAGCCCUGGGUGCCAUGGUGAAGGGGAUGGGCGAGUCCUGCUUUGAUGACCUGUUGCCCUGGCUCAUGGAGACGUUGGCCUCUGAACAGAGCUCUGUGGAUCGCUCUGGAGCUGCACAAGGUCUGGCUGAGGUGAUGGCUGGACUCGGGGUGGAGAAGCUGGAUAAGCUGAUGCCAGAUGUGGUGGCAACCGCCAGCAAGAUCGACAUUGCUUCCCACGUCAGAGACGGAUACAUCAUGAUGUUCAUCUACCUGCCGCUCACCUUCGGAGACAAGUUCACGCCCUACGUUGGGCCCAUCAUUCCCUGCAUCCUCAAGGCUCUGGCUGAUGAGAAUGAAUAUGUGAGGGACACAGCUCUUCGUGCAGGCCAGCGAAUCAUCAGCAUGUACGCUGAGACCGCUAUCGCCCUGCUGCUUCCUGAGCUGGAGCAGGGCCUGUUUGACGACUUGUGGAGGAUCAGAUUCAGCUCUGUACAGCUGCUGGGAGAUCUGUUGUUCCACAUCUCCGGCGUGACCGGAAAGAUGACCACAGAGACCGCUUCUGAGGACGACAACUUUGGAACAGCUGCGUCCAAUAAGGCUAUCAUCGGGGCUCUUGGUCCUGAGAGGCGUAACCGUGUCCUCUCCGGUCUCUAUAUGGGCCGUUCAGACACUCAGCUGGUGGUUCGGCAGGCUUCCCUCCACGUGUGGAAGAUUGUCGUGUCUAACACCCCGAGGACUCUACGAGAGAUCCUCCCCACCCUCUUCACACUCCUGCUGGGCUUCUUGGCUUCCACUUGCCCCGACAAGAGAACAAUUGCCGCUCGGACGCUGGGUGAUCUGGUCAGGAAGCUUGGAGAGAAGAUUCUCCCUGAGAUCAUUCCCAUCCUGGAGGAGGGCCUGCGAUCUGACAAGAGUGACGAGAGGCAGGGAGUCUGCAUUGGCCUCAGUGAGAUCAUGAAGUCCACCAGCAAAGACGCAGUGCUCGUCUUCUCAGAGUCACUGGUCCCGACCGUGAGGAAGGCUCUCUGUGACCCGCUGGAGGAGGUCAGAGAGGCUGCAGCCAAAACCUUUGAGCAGCUUCAUGCGACCAUCGGUCACCAGGCACUGGACGACAUCCUGCCUACUCUGCUCAAACAGCUUGAUGAUGAAGACACUGCUGAAUUCGCUUUAGAUGGCCUGAAGCAGGUCAUGGCGGUGAAGAGUCGCUCUGUGCUGCCUUAUUUGGUCCCAAAGCUGACUGCUCCUCCUGUGAACACCCGCGUGUUGGCGUUCCUGUCGGCUGUGGCCGGGGACGCUCUGACACGCCACUUAGGAGUAAUCCUGCCCGCCAUACUCUCCUCGCUCAAAGGGAAGCUGGGUGCCGAGGAUGAAGCACAGGAGCUGUGCAACUGUCAAACAGUCAUUCUGUCAGUGGAGGAUGAGGUUGGUCAGCGGAUCAUCAUAGAUGAUCUGCUUGAGGCCUCACGAGGCCCUGACCCCGGCCUAAGACAGGCCUCUGUCACCAUCCUCAACGGCUACUUUGCCCGCACCCGCCUGGACUACAGCGCCCACACACGCAACCUGCUGUCCGGACUCAUCCGCCUUCUCAACGACUCCAACCCAGAGGUCCUCGUUCAGAGCUGGGACACCAUCAACUCAAUAACCAAGAAACUGGAUGCGAGCAGCCAGCUUGCUCUGAUUGAUGACCUGCAUCGAGACAUUAGAUCAGCAGCUGCAGAUGUUAAGGGUCAACACCUGCCCGGCUUCUGUCUGCCCAAAAAGGGUGUGACCUGCAUCCUGCCCGUGCUGAGGGAGGGCGUCCUCACUGGAACUCCUGAGCAAAAAGAAGAGGCUGCCAAAGCCUUAGGAGGGGUGAUCAAACUGACCUCUCCUGAGGCUCUGCGGCCCUCUGUGGUCAACAUCACUGGACCACUUAUUCGUAUUUUGGGAGACAGGUUUGCCUGGUCGGUGAAGACGGCUCUGCUGGAGACUCUCACUCUGCUGCUGGCAAAGGUGGGCAUUGCCCUGAAGCCCUUCCUGCCUCAGCUGCAGACCACCUUCCUGAAGGCUCUGCAGGACUCGAGCCGGGCUGUGAGACUGAGGGCUGCUGAGGCUCUGGGUCAGUUGGUUUCCAUUCACACGAAGGUGGACCCCCUCUUUACUGAGCAGCUGUCUGCCAUUCGUAAUGCUGAGGACUCAGGAGUCAGAGAGACGAUGCUUCAGGCCUUACGGUUUGUCAUCCAGGGUGCCGGGUCAAAGGUGGACCCAGCCAUCCGCAAGAACAUCACCGUCACAUUGCUGGGCAUGCUGGGACAUGAUGAGGAUGCUACACGUAUGGCUUCAGCCGGCUGUGUUGGUGAGCUGUGUGCCUUCCUGUCAGAAGAGGAGCUGAAGAGUUUGUUACCUCAGCACAUCCUGGCGGACGUGUCUGGUGUUGACUGGAUGGUGCGUCACGGUCGUAGCUUGGCCCUGGCCAUAGCCGUCAAAUCGGCUCCUGAGAAACUGUGCGGGAAGGAAUAUUGCGACACAGUGACAGAGACAAUUUUGACCAACGCCACUGCUGACAGGAUUCCCAUCGCAACCAGCGGCAUCAGGGCGACGGGAUACCUGAUGAGGCAUCACCUCAGAACUGAGGGAGGCAGCAGUGUUUCCCAGCGCAUCAUCACACAGUUUGUCAAGUGUCUUCAGAAUCAGUCCAGUGACAUCAGACUGGUGACCGAGCGGGUGCUGUGGUGGGUUUUUAAAGAACCAGAAACGCCCUCCAUGGACAUCAAUCUCAUCAAGCCCCUGUUGAAGAGUCUGCUGGACAAUACCAAGGACAAGAACACCAGCGUCAGAGCUCAGAGUGAACACACCAUCGUCAACCUACUGCGACUCCGCCAGGGAGAAGAAACAAUGCAGAGUGUGACCGCUAUUCUGGAUUCUGCGAGCAACGACUUGCUUUCAGAGUGUCAUCGACGUUCCUUGAAGAAAAUCGCGAGCCAGCAAGACUCCAAUGAAGAGAUAGACGACACCAUUCUAACAUGAUGGAGCAGGACUGAGAAAUGAAAUGACGCCCCAACAAUACAACCCCCAACACACACAUCACACGUGCCUGUGUUGCCUUUAAUGGACCAUGGCUGUAAUGGAUUCUCCAACAUUUUCCCCAACAAUACCCUUUUGUUCUUUUUCCUUUUCAUUAUUUUAGCAGUCUAUAAACACAGUUUAUUUCUUUUUUUAAUUUGAUAUAAUGAUGACCAGGUUGUACUCUGGUACUGAAGUAUAUGAGGCCAAUUCUGUUUUGAUGUUUCAUGUUUUGCUACUAAACCUACCAAACAAAUUCAAACAUUUAAGUGCUGCUGUGAUGAAACAACACCCCUAUCUUUAAACUUCAUACAUUUAGACUUUUGUGUCAGAGUUUUGGGGGAAAUGCAACCUCUUAUAAGAAUGACAUUGUUCUUAUUUCAGUGAUACGGUUGUAAUAAGGCAAUACAGAAUAAAAAGUCUUGAUUUCA